AUGUCCGCCGAAGCUCCUCCCGCGGCCACCACCACCACCACGGCCGAGGCGCCCAAGACGCCUCUCGCCAGGCUCACGGCGCGCCUCGCCGAAAUCACAACCAAGGUCGAAUACGAUGAGAUGUGGGGCGUCGAGCUGGACGGAUCGUCCGACAACAUCCCCAGCCAGGUCGUUUUGCAAAAGUUUCUGCGCGCCAACAACAAUGACGCCGCCGCCGCCGAGAAGCAGCUCGCGUCGGCCCUCGAGUGGCGCAAAAAGGUGCAGCCCGCCAAACUCGUCGACCAGCACUUUGACAAGAGCAAGUUUGCCGACCUGGGCUACGUGACGGUCCACAAGGACGACGCAGGCAAGGAGACGGUUGCCACUUGGAACAUUUACGGUGCCGUCAAGGAUAACAAGGCCACUUUUGGCAAUGUUGAAGAGUUUAUCAAGUGGCGUGCUGCUCUUAUGGAGCUCAGCGUCCAGAAGCUCAAGCUCAACGAGGUCAAGGAGCUCAUCCCCGACGGCGGCGAGGACCCCUACCAGAUGAUCCAGACUCACGACUACCUCAAUGUCAGCUUUUUCCGCAUGGACCCUGCUGUCAAAGCCGCCAGCAAGGAGACCAUCCAGACAUUUUCCAUGGCCUACCCCGAGCUCCUCGCCCACAAGUUUUUUGUCAACGUCCCUUUCAUCAUGGGCUGGAUGUUUGGCGCCAUGAAGCUCUUCCUCGCCCCCGCCACCCUCCGCAAGUUCCACCCCAUGACCUCAGGCACCUCCCUCGCCGCCGAGCUGCCGGCCGUUGCCGCCACGCUCCCCAGCGAGUAUGGCGGCAAGGGCCCGAGUGUCAAGGAGGUCGGCCAGCAGCUGGCGUUGGUCGACGCCGCGCCGAACGCCGACAAGACCGAGCCGGCCAAGGCGGAGGAGCCUACUCCCACCGCUGCGGCCCCUGCGGCGACGGCCGAGGACAAACUCGUGGCUGAGCCUUCUCCUGCUGCCGCGGAAAAGACGGAGGCUGCUACGAAGGCUGAGGAGGCUGCCCCAAUUGUUGCGGCUGUCCCGGAGGCUGCUGCUGCUCCCGAAGUCGUUGCUGGCCCCGAGAUUGUUGUUGCCCCCGAGGUUGUCGCUGAAUCUGUUGCUGAAAAGACUGCUGCUUAA